AUGGCCUUUGCUCCUCGUGGCCGUGGUGGUCCUCCCCGUGGCGGUCGUGGCGGCGCUCCUCGUGGCGGCGCUGGUGGUCGAGGUGGCUUCGGUGGUGGCCGCGGCGGUGGCCGUGGUGGUAGCUUCGGUGGCCGUGGUGGUGGUGGCCGUGGAGGCCGUGGUGGUCCCCCCGGUCGUGGUGGACGUGGUGGCCGUGGCGGCCCCCGCGGUGGUCGCGGUGGUGCUGCUGGUGCUCGUGGUGGUGCUAAGGUCAUCAUUGAGAACCACCGUCACGCCGGUGUCUUCGUUGCCCGCGGUGGUAAGGAAGAUCUGCUCGUCACCAAGAACCUCACUCCUGGUGAGGCUGUCUAUGGUGAGAAGCGUGUCUCUGUCGAGUCUCCCGCCGGUGAUGACGGCGUCGUCACUAAGACUGAGUACCGUGUCUGGAACCCCUUCCGUUCCAAGUUGGCUGCCGGUAUCCUGGGUGGUCUGGACAACAUCUACAUGAAGCCCGGUUCCAAGGUCCUCUACAUCGGUGGUGCCAGCGGUACCUCCGUCUCUCACGUUGCUGACAUUGUCGGCCCCACCGGUAACGUCUACGCUGUUGAGUUCUCCCACCGUUCUGGUCGUGACCUGAUCGGUAUGGCCACUCACCGCACCAACGUUAUUCCCAUCGUUGAGGACGCCCGCCACCCCCUCCGUUACCGCAUGCUCGUCCCCAUGGUUGAUGUCAUCUUCGCCGACGUUGCCCAGCCUGACCAGGCCCGUAUCGUCGGUCUCAAUGCCCACAUGUUCCUCAAGGAGGGUGGUGGUGUUCUCAUCUCUAUCAAGGCCAGCUGUAUCGACUCCACAGCCGCCGCCGAGGUCGUGUUCACUCGUGAGGUUCAAAAGAUGCGUGAGGAAAAGAUCAAGCCUAAGGAGCAGCUUACUCUGGAGCCCUUCGAGCGUGAUCACUGCAUCGUUGGUGGUAUCUACACUCGUUCUUCAUAA